AUGGAUGUUAAUCAACACAGCAGUUGGAAAAACAAAAAUUCAGGUAAAAGCAGCUCAGUUCGUGGAGGUAGUGAUUGGUCUGCACGAAGUAUUGAUCUCAUGGGAAAAAAAUUUCGAGUGUAUUCAUGUUCCUAUUGUUCUUAUACUUCUCAUUACAAAAGUCAUGUGCAAGCUCAUCUACGCACUCAUACUGGAGAACGUCCUUUUGUUUGCGACAUUUGUAAAAAAGGAUUCACUCAGAAGCAUAGUUUGUUGUCCCACAAGCUUUUACAUACAGGGUUUGAGUUGAGUUGUGAUCCAAUUCAGACAUAUACUGAUGAAAUGUCUUUGAAAAGUCGCAAAGGAUGUUACCGGCUGCACAAUUGUGAUUAUUGCUCUUAUUCUUCUUUCAAAAAGUGUGACGUUGUAAGACAUAUGCGCACGCAUACAGGAGAACGUCCAUUUUCAUGUGAUAUUUGUGGGAAGAAAUUUACCCAAAAGCAUAAUUUGAUGUCUCAUGUGGUUUCUCAUAAUAAGGAACAACCAUUUAUUUGCAAAGUUUGUGGCAAAGGAACUUGGAUCAAUUGUGCAGAUAUUUAUUCUGUUAGUAAUGUCAACAUUCCAGAUGUGAACAAGACUGUCCGUUCAUAUUCAUGUAAAAAAUGUCCUUAUCAGACUCACGAAAAAACCAAUAUCAGUAGACAUGUACGCACUCAUACUGGUGAACGGCCAUUUGUUUGCCCUACUUGUGGAAAACUAUUUUCUAGAAAUGAUAACCUGAAAAUACAUAUGGUGAAACAUAGUUGUCUCCAUCUUCUUACAUUAGGUGCAGAACAUUCAGAAAGCGAAUUGCAUAUAAGAAAAGCAAACGGCCGACAUUAUUGUGUGAUAUGCUCUUACUCUUCUGCUUACAAAACUGAUAUUCGAAGACAUGUACGCAAACAUACUGGAGAGCGUCCUUAUACCUGUUCUGCUUGUGGGAAAGCCUUUGCCCGCAAACAAACUUUACGAUUGCAUAUGGUUAUACAUUCUAGACUUUGA